AAUUCAGGGGUGACAAAUUUCCGGUCCGGCUAAACAUUGUCCUGACUGGUAAAUAUAUUGAACAUUGACUGUGAUUAUAAUGUCAAAGAAUUGUAAUUUAGUAUAAAUGAACGGGUUGAACUGCCGCCCCUUGCAGUUUCGAGGAAAGGCAUUUGAAUUUUAUUUAUGCUAGAAGUUCCUGUGAAACCUUGAACAAAAGAUAAUUUCUGUUUUGGUAUCUUGAUCAUUUAUUCUAUUUCCGAUGCAGGUUUUUAAUCUAGGUAUUGCCGCCGCUACUUUAAUGAAGAUGGCAACCAAAUAAAUCCAUACUUGUCGAUGGAAGAUUAAAUGUUUUUCUUCCUCAACCAAUCACAGCUCGAUCUGUCUUAAACUUGCAAAUGAGGCACUCGAGACCUCCAGAUCUGCAAUAAUGGCUUGAAAUGUAGUUAUCAGGCUCAGAUAAGCAUCGCACCUUCUCUUGCAGCUUAGAGGCAUUUCGAUUGAAGGUCAAAACUUUCAAAAUCGACAGGGCAGAAUUUUGCGAUUUCGUGUGGCAAUUUUGGACCCAUUUUGCGCUGACGGUCAAAGCGGUGAACGAAAUACACUCGGCUAUAAUUGAAGAAAGGCGUUUGCAAUGGACAAGCCUCCGGGAUUUUAUCACACAUGGCCGUGAAAUUAUCUUUGGUCUUAGCGGUAGUGGUCGGGGUAGCCUCGGCCCUAGCCGCUGCGUUAUUAGCCGUGUUGUGCAAGUGCUGCUGGGUAUGGUGGCGAUACCGCAGAACACAUCGCAGACGCAGCCCUUCUCAAGAGACUUACGUCAUAAACCAAAAGAGCCAUUGGCCAGCAGGAGGGUUUACCUAUCAAAGUUACGAGAACGGUUCUGUAGCUGAUUAUGACAGCAUCUCAAGCGGAGAAGAGCCCUACAUUGUUGAAACACCCGGUGACUUUGGAAAACUUCAGUUCUGGCUUGAUUUCAACAAAGAGGAAGAUGUGUUAAUCAUAGGACUGGUGCAAGCCAAGGGAAUUAUUUGCAGAACGAACGUCCAAACAGCUUACGUUUAUCCUGUCAUUCAGCUCCGCAAAGGCGACAAAAAAUUGGACGAGAGGGAAAUUGAAAAACAGAAAAUGACGUUCGAGCCGCAGUGGAACGAAGAAGUGUUGUUUUCGUUGGACGGGAACUCAACCGAUACACUCUCGUUUUGCAUACAAUUGAUUGAACUGGACGCGUUUUCAAACUCGCAUGUGAUUGGUGAAGUGGAGUUAUCCCUGAACGAGGCAGACUUUGGGACGCCGCAGCCCGUGUGGUAUGAUAUCGCGGGCGAACCGAAGAAGCCACCUCACGAGUACGUUGGUGAGCUGCUUGUCUCGUUAAACUACUUCCCUACCACUCAGCGUCUGACGAUUGUCAUCUUAAAGGCACGAAACCUGAAAAUAGAGUCUACAUCAGGGCUAUGGGGCCCCGCUGUCAAAGUGUUCCUCAUGUUGAACAAAACCAGGUUGGGUCGAAAGCGAACUGCCAUGCAGAAAAAGACAUUAAAUCCCGUUUACAACGAAGCUUUCACAUUCAAAGUUACAUCAGACACCUUACAGAGAGUUACCUUCAAGAUCCUUGUUGUCAAUAAACACUCACACGGCGCCGAUCAAAAUAUCGGUCAUGCGUUACUCGGUCAGCAGGUGACCGGAAGUGGAUUUUCACAUUGGAAUCACAUGUUAGCCUCGUUGAGGAAACCCAUUGCCAUGUGGCACCCCAUAAUUCCUGGCGCGUAAAACCGUGCUGGGCACGUGACUUGCGAGCCUACCUGUAUUAACGGUACUUUGUAUAAAGGAAACUUUGCUAUUUAUUUCAAUUGUUUGGAUAGAGAAUGAAUCGGGAAAAGAAAAGAAUAUAAAUUGUAAAUAUUACUAAGGAUGGUUAAAUGUAAAACAUAAGAGUAACGUUUCUUUUUAAAAUGUGGGUGUUUGACAGUGCAGGGCAUUGUUAAUUAACGUUGCGACGUUUGAACUUUUGAACUUUUGAAACUGGGUUCAUAUUUGUGAGUGACAUGAUCACUUCGUUCCUUAUUUAAGACAAAAACUUAUUUUUCUCACAUUAAAACUAACCAAAACUCGUUCACGACCUACUAAGUUAUUUCAAAUUUAUGAACUGAACAAGUUAUUAUUUACAUAGAAAAUGGUUUAUUUUUAAACGGGGAGACACUCUUACUAAAUUUACCCACUUGCCCCGUUUAGAGUUUAUGUUAACCAUGUUUUUGGUUACAUGGUCAUUCCCGGCAAAAAUUUGCAGUAAAUACCAAAUUUAGGGUGUGCUCGUGACUGAAAUAGAAAAGCUGGGGGAGAGGGGAAGGAAUGGGAAAAAUGGGUUAUUGAAAAAUUAAACAGGGCGUACAAUUUUAACUGCAAGUUGCGUCAAAAAUGUUGAGUUUGGGUAUAGAUAGUUUUUGAAAGAAUUGAAGGGUUUUGUUUGUAUCAAAGGCCAUGGCAACAAAUAGGGCUUUAUGCAAAAGCAGGCCAGUGGCUGGUCCAAUACCUGAUCUCUCAAUUCCCACCCUAGAAGGGUCUGCUUGUCAGGAGUGGGGUAGGGGAGGCGUUGGUCAGACAGUGGACGGGUCAGUGCUAUGAACCAGAUUGUAAAUUCUGUAUGACAGAGUAAUAUUUAUUGAAAGGUCGUGCAUCAAGCCCAUUGUAGGAACUCAAUGCAGAGACUGUGAAAGGCAAUAAAAGGGUUUGUUCACCUGC